UUAGCAGUUAGUCUUGUCUUUUAUUUCUCUUCACGAUGUCUGAGACUGCCCCACCAGCUCCCACAACUUCUGCUACUCCUGAAAAGGCUGUAGCUGUUAAGAAGACUAAGAAGCCUGCAAAGGCUGCAGCUGCCGCCAAGAAGAAGCCUGCGGGUCCUUCAGUUUCCGAGCUGAUCGUGCAGACUGUUUCAUCCUCCAAGGAGCGCAGCGGCGUUUCCUUGGCUGCGCUCAAGAAGGCGCUGGCGGCCGCUGGCUACGAUGUGGAGAAGAACAACAGCCGCAUCAAGCUGGGGCUCAAGAGCCUGGUGAGCAAAGGCACCCUGGUCCAGACCAAGGGCACCGGCGCUUCCGGCUCCUUCAAGCUCAACAAGAAGGCGGCCUCCGCGGAAGCCAAGCCCAGCGCCACAAAGGUGGCAGCCAAAGGCAAGCCAUCGAGCGCUGCCAAGAAGCCGAAGAAAGUCGCUGCUGCAGCUGCUAAAAAAAUCAAGACGCCGAAAAAGGCUAAGAGGCCUGCCGUAGCGAAAAAGGCUUCCAAGAGCCCCAAGAAGCCCAAGGUUGUGAAGCCGAAGAAAGCAGCCAAAAGCCCUGCCAAGGCUAAGGCUGUGAAACCCAAAGCGACCAAGACCAAGGUUACCAAGCCAAAGGCUGCUGCCAAACCUAAGAAAGCAGCGCCUAAGAAAAAGUAA